AUGUCGCGUGUCCCUAUCAGCGAGGAGCAGGCGCAGCAGAUGCUCAUGAAGCAGCAGGCGCAGCAAGAGCGAGCGGAAGCGAUGAAUGAGCAGAAGGAGGGCCUAUUGCGGGCGUUUGUGACGGCGGAGGGGCGGGAACGGUUGAAGCGGAUUGAGCAAGUGAAGGCGGAGAGGGCGCAUGCGGUUGAAAGUUACAUCAUUCAGUCAGUGCGCCAGGGCAAGCUACAGCCACCCGUAUCGGAUGAGACAGUGCGUGAUAUUCUUUCGCAGCUGGCAUCGCAGGGGGUGGAAGCGAAGAGCAAUAUCACAUUUGCACGUAAGCGCAUGGAUGACGACUGGUAG